AUGGCCCCCCACCUCCCCUCCUCGAGCCGCCUCCCCUCGCCUCUCGAACCGCCUCCCCUCGCCUCUCGAACCGCCUCCCCUCGCCUCUCGAACCGCCUCCCCUCGCCUCUCGAACCGCCUCCCCUCGCCUCUCGAACCGCCUCCCCUCGCCUCUCGAACCGCCUCCCCUCGCCUCUCGAACCGCCUCCCCUCGCCUCUCGAACCGCCUCCCCUCGCCUCUCGAACCGCCUCCCCUCGCCUCUCGAACCGCCUCCCCUCGCCUCUCGAACCGCCUCCCCCUCGCCUCUCGAACCGCCUCCCCUCGCCUCUCGAACCGCCUCCCCUCGCCUCUCGAACCGCCUCCCCUCGCCUCGCGAACCGCCUCCCCUCGCCUCGCGAACCGCCUCGCCUCGCGAACCGCCUCCCCUCGCCUCGCGAACCGCCUCCCCUCGCCUCGCGAACCGCCUCCCCUCGCCUCGCGAACCGCCUCCCCUCGCCUCGCGAACCACCUCCUCGCCUCGCGAACCACCCCCUCGCCUCGCGAACCGCCUCCCCUCGCCUCGCGAACCGCCUCCCCUCGCCUCUCGAACCGCCUCCCCUCGCCUCUCGAUCCGCCUCCCCUCGCCUCUCGAACCGCCUCCCCUCGCCUCGCGAACCGCCUCCCCUCGCCUCGCGAACCGCCUCCCCUCGCCUCGCGAACCGCCUCCCCUCGCCUCGCGAACCACCUCCCCUCGCCUCGCGAACCACCUCCUCGCCUCGCGAACCACCCCCUCGCCUCGCGAACCACCUCCCCUCGCCUCGCGAACCACCUCCCCUCGCCUCGCGAACCGCCUCCCCUCGCCUCGCGAACCGCCUCCCCUCGCCUCGCGAACCACCUCCUCGCCUCGCGAACCACCCCCUCGCCUCGCGAACCGCCUCCCCUCGCCUCGCGAACCGCCUCCCCUCGCCUCUCGAACCGCCUCCCCUCCCACCUCCCCUCCUCGAGCCGCCUUCCCUCGCCUCUCGAACCGCCUCCCCUCGCCUCUCGAACCGCCUCCCCUCGCCUCUCAAACCGCCUCCCCCUCGCCUCUCGAACCGCCUCCCCUCGCCUCUCGAACCGCCUCCCCUCGCCUCUCGAACCGCCUCCCCUCGCCUCUCGAACCGCCUCCCCUCGCCUCUCGAACCGCCUCCCCUCGCCUCUCGAACCGCCUCCCCUCGCCUCUCGAACCGCCUCCCCUCGCCUCUCGAACCGCCUCCCCUCGCCUCGCGAACCGCCUCCCCUCGCCUCGCGAACCGCCUCCCCUCGCCUCGCGAACCGCCUCGCCUCGCGAACCGCCUCCCCUCGCCUCGCGAACCGCCUCCCCUCGCCUCGCGAACCGCCUCCCCUCGCCUCGCGAACCGCCUCCCCUCGCCUCGCGAACCGCCUCCCCUCGCCUCGCGAACCGCCUCCCCUCGCCUCGCGAACCACCUCCUCGCCUCGCGAACCACCCCCUCGCCUCGCGAACCGCCUCCCCUCGCCUCGCGAACCGCCUCCCCUCGCCUCUCGAACCGCCUCCCCUCGCCUCUCGAACCGCCUCCCCUCGCCUCUCGAACCGCCUCCCCUCGCCUCUCGAACCGCCUCCCCUCGCCUCUCGAACCGCCUCCCCUCGCCUCUCGAACCGCGUCCCCUCGCCUCGCGAACCGCCUCCCCUCGCCUCGCGAACCACCUCCCCUCGCCUCGCGAACCACCUCCUCGCCUCGCGAACCACCCCCUCGCCUCGCGAACCACCUCCCCUCGCCUCGCGAACCACCUCCCCUCGCCUCGCGAACCGCCUCCCCUCGCCUCGCGAACCGCCUCCCCUCGCCUCGCGAACCACCUCCUCGCCUCGCGAACCACCCCCUCGCCUCGCGAACCGCCUCCCCUCGCCUCGCGAACCCCACCUCCCCUCCUCGAGCCGCCUUCCCUCGCCUCUCGAACCGCCUCCCCUCGCCUCUCGAACCGCCUCCCCUCGCCUCUCGAACCGCCUCCCCUCGCCUCUCGAACCGCCUCCCCUCGCCUCUCGAACCGCCUCCCCUCGCCUCUCGAACCGCCUCCCCUCGCCUCUCGAACCGCCUCCCCUCGCCUCUCGAACCGCCUCCCCUCGCCUCUCGAACCGCCUCCCCUCGCCUCUCGAACCGCCUCCCCUCGCCUCUCGAACCGCCUCCCCUCGCCUCUCGAACCGCCUCCCCUCGCCUCUCGAACCGCCUCCCCUCGCCUCUCGAACCGCCUCCCCUCGCCUCUCGAACCGCCUCCCCUCGCCUCUCGAACCGCCUCUCCUUGCCUCUUGA